AUGGCAGAAACACCUCAAGAUGAAGCCGCCAAAGCGCGCAUCAUCAAACACAUGAACGCAGACCACGCCGACUCCCUCUCCUACUACCUGCAACACUUCUGCAAGCUAUCCUCUCGAGUCUCCCACGGAGCCACCCUCUCCUCAAUCGCCCUCUCCUCCAUGACACUGGAAACGACCGACGGGAAAACACACACCAUCCCCUUGAACCCUCCCAUGAAAUCGUGGUCCGAAGCACGAACAAGAAGUGUAGAAAUGGACCGCGAAGCCCGCUCCGCUCUCGACAUCUCCUCAAUCCGCAUCACAGAAUACGAACCACCUCGAAAAGCCGUCCAGGUCAUCCUCUUCGCUAUCUUGACUCUGACAUGGCUGGCAUGUCUAUUCCAGUCGUUUGUCGUGCCGGGGACUGAGUUGUAUAAGAUCGCCGGGUUCUAUCCUGGGGGCGCGGAGAUGUUUUUGUGGAUUGUGCGGAAGAUGACUCUGCCAUUUAUUGGAUUGCAUAUCUUGGAGACAUUCUUUUUGGAUCGGUUGAGGUUGAGGAAGCAUGGGGUUGUGAGGGGGACGGCGGUUUGGUGGAAGUGGAUUGGGAGUUGUUUGAUUGAGGGGUUUGCGUGUUUUCAGAGGAUUGAUGCGACGAUCGAGAGGAAGACAAAGGAGGCUGAGAAAGCGGAGCAUUAG